AUGUCUGCAAUUAAUGAACCAUCUGAUGAUUUCAUUGAUAAUGAAUCUAGUAAGCCAAAUAUUUCUCCUGAGGAAUCAAAAGGUGCUAGUGAAUUGAAUAGUUAUUCGAGCUUUAAUGAUUUUGAUGAAGAAGCUGAAGAAAAAGGUCACAGCGCUUUAGAUAAAUUAUUAGAACCUGCACCAAGCAAAGAAAAUGCUAAUCAAAAUCAACAAAAUUCUUCAAACUCUGCAAAUAACGACCAUCAAAAUCAAUCAAAUACACAAGGAAAUCAAGCAAAUGAUUCAUCAGUAGUUUCAGGAGGACUUCUUAGUAACCUCCUUAAAGCUACGACUGAGAAAAAUGACGACGAUAAGAAUGACAACGAAAAUCAAUCCGCCCCUACUGCAGCACCAGUCAAACAGUCUCUCCUCGACAAUAUCGGAAAAAGAACUCCUGAUCCCCUCGAGCAGCAGGCUGUAGAUAACGAUAUUCCAGAUAACGUUAAAGCCUUACUUAAAGGAGGCGCUGCUGAAUCUCAGGCUCAGGAGCGUUCUAUUGACAACAAUAAUGCCCCAGCACCAAAUCCUUUGUUUGGAGGCCUUGCUGCCAAAUUACAGGCAGAUGGAAAAAGAGAUACCGAUGUUCCAGAAGAAAAGAAAGCCGAAGAGCCUAAAAAGGAAGCCCCAAAGGCUGAGGAACCAAAAGCUCAAGAAAGAGAUGUUCCAAAGCCAAAUCCGUUAUUCUCAGGAUUAGCCGACAAAUUACAAGCUGAUGGCAAGAGGGAUACAGAAGACCCAGAAGCCAUAAAGAAAGCUGAAGAAGAGGCUAAGAAGAAGGCUGAAGAAGAAAAGAAGAAAGCGGAAGAAGAAGCAAAGAAGAAAGCAGAGGAAGAGAAGAAGAAGGCCGAGGAAGAAGCUAAAAAGAAAGCUGAAGAAGAAGCCAAGAAACAGGCCGAAGCUCAUCCAAAUCCGUUAUUUGCUGGAAUAGCCGAUAAAUUAGUCGCUGAUGGAAAGCGUGAUACAGAAGACCCAGAAGCACAAAAGAAGGCUGAAGAAGAAGCAAAGAAGAAGGAAGAGGAAGAAAAGAAGAAAGCUGAAGAAGAGGCAAAGAAGAAGGCCGAAGAAGAGGCUAAACAAAAGGAAGAACAAGCCAAGAAAGAACCAGAAGCAAAUCCAAAUCCUUUAUUUGCUGGAAUAGCUGAUAAACUUCAAGCUGAUGGAAAGAGAGAUACAGAAGAUCCUGAAGCCCAAAAGAAGGCUGAGGAAGAAAAGAAGAAAGCUGAAGAAGAAGCCAAAAAGAAGGAAGAGGAAGAAGCUAAAAAGAAAGCCGAAGAAGAAAAGAAGAAAGAAGAAGAAGAGAAGAAGAAGGAAGAAGAUCAACAGAAACAAGAAGAUCAUCCACUUGUUGCUGCAAUUGCUGAUAAAUUGGUCGCUGAUGGAAAGAAAGAUACAGAUGAUCCAGAAGCUGAAAAGAAAGAAGGCGAAGAAAAGCCAGAAAACGCUGAAGAAAAGAAAGAUGAUGAACAGCAAACAGAGAAAUUAGAUAUUGUUGAUGCUGUUAAUAAAGCUGCUGAAGAAGAUGAAAAAGAAAAACUCGACAUGGCAGGAGCAAUUAAAGAUGCUUUGACAGGUGAUGACCAGCAGCAACAGCAAGAAGAAAACCAAGAGGAAUCAGCAGCAGACAAAGCUCGUGCAGCUCUCAGCGAGAUGCUGAACGACGACGAAAACAAGGAAGAUGAAAAUCAAGAAAACAAUGAAGAACAAAACGAUGAAGAAAACAAAGAAACAUUCGAAACGGAGCAAAAACCAAGAUUCCCUCAGAAGAAUCAAUCAAGAACACAACCAGUUCGUAAUGAGAAACCAGCAAAUGAUGGAGAAGUUUACAGAAAACACAAGGGUGUUUCAAUCGAAAGUUAUGAUCCAGGAAAUCCAGAACCAUUCACUGAUCCUUUGACAAUCGAAGCUCUUCAGAAUCUCGGCUUGAGAGAGGACGAAUUGCACUAUCCAAAUGAUAGAGAUCUCUUCGCAUACACAAGAGACAAAGAUCUCAGAGAAACAGUCAGAAAACAACUCUGCGAAAGAACUGACAGAAUGAGAGCUUUAGUCAAGGAAGAAUGCGAUAGAUUGGCAAGAAUUCCUCCUCCAGAUGCUAAGCCAACAUCUAGAUCAAUGAGCCAGAGCCAGCCAUCUCCAACAUCAAGAUCUAACCAGAAGUCAUUCGAAGAAAUCGAACAAGAAAGAAUCGAAAGACUCAGAAGAAAAUCAAAGAAAGAAGCUGAACAAAUGAUGAUUUCUAUCAUCACAGAACAGGUCAUCCAAGAAGAAAACGAAGUCCAGAGACAAAGAGAAAUUGAAGAAAAGAAGAAAUACGAAGAAGAACUUCGUAUCAAACACAGAGAGGAAAGAGAAAGAAUGGCAGAAAAUGUCAUGAAACAAGAACAAGCUGAUAGAGAAAAGGCAGAGAAAGAUGCACAAAGAAUGGCUGAGCUUAAGAAGAAAGAAGAGGAAUAUCUCAAGAGAAGAAAGGAGCAUGAAGAAAAGAUGAAAGAAGAGUUCGAAAAGGAAGAAGAAAUCAGAAGAAACAAGCUCGAAAAAGCAAGAAAAGCAGCAGAAAAAGCUGAAGAAGAAAAGAAGAAGAAAGCCGAAGAACAAAAGAAGAAGAUUGAGCAGAGAGAGAAAGAACUUCAAGAAAGAAAAGAAAGAGAAAACGCAGAACGCGAGAAACAGAACAAAGAAAAGAAAGAAGCUGCAGAACAGAGAUUAGAAGAACUCAGAAAGAAACAAGAGAAAAUGCUCCAAGAAAAGAAAGAAAAGAGCGACAAGAAGGAAGAAAAGACACAAGAAAUAUUAAAGAAACACAGAGAAAACGUCGAAGCAAAGACACAAGAAUUGCAUAAGCGUGAAGAAGAGAAACACGAUAAAGCAAUGACAUUUAUCCAUCAAAUCGAAAAGGAAAGAGCAGAAAAGAAACGUUUGAAUUUCGAAGAGAAGGAAAAGAAACACGAAGAAGUCAUCCAAAAGAGAACAGAAGAGUCAGAUAAACAACUCAAAGAAAGAGCUAUUGAAGGCCAGAUCAAACGCGAAUUUAGAAAGAGAAUCGCACAUACAAUUGCUGCAAAGAAUGAAGCACAAGCUCGUGAAAGAGCUCGCGAAUACGAUGAGCAUAUGGCUAUACUCGAACGCGAAGAAAUGGAAAGAAAAUUGCAGCUUGAAAGGAAAGAAAAGAUGAGACAAGAUCUCGAAAAGAAGAAACAAGAUGCUUUGAGCGGUGAUGCGCAGAUGAAAGCUGAGCUCCGCAAGAAGAACUCAACUCAGCUCACCAAGAUCGCACAGAAAUGGGAUAUCGAUAUUGGAAAGUUAAGACAAAGAGUUAUAGAAGAAAGAAGAGGAAAACCAAGAGUUCAAAAAGUGAAUUCUUCAAUUGGUGAAGGUUCUAAACUUCCUGCCCUCAAUUCUUCUAGAAGCAGCCCUAAGACUUCGCCUUCUCCAAGAGCACAACAAGGUCUAGCAGACCCACAAUAA